AUCACUGAGACCCAUCCUUACGGCGUUACCUUAAUGUUGAAACCGUAGCUAGGUUUACUCCGAAGUCCUCCACAAUUUCUCGAGUCUUCCCACCGAAGAUUUUACCUCAUAGUCCUAAACGCACUUCAUUCUUGUUAAUGGCGAAGAAAGCCAAAAACCCUGUGAAAGACGGGGGCACAAGUGGUCCUUCCAAAUCUAAUGAGGGUGAAAAUUCCUCCACGGUUUUCAAGACACUGUUUGGUGAAAUUUCAGAACAAAAUUCAGCUUCUAAUUCUCUUUUCUCUGAGAAUAAUCCAUUCCGCAGGAAGCCCAUUGAAACCCGGCAGCCAAACCAUGAAUCGGGAUUAGGGUUCGCCGGAAAAGAUGCUGAGAAUAAGGGUAUUUUGGGAGAUUCGGGAUUUUCUGAGAUCCAGCAGAAGAAUAAAAGAAAGAAAGAUGAGGUGAAGGAAGGAAACUCCGGUCUUGAUACUGAAUUUGUUGAGGAGAAGAGUAAGAAAUUGAGGGCGGCUGAAUUGCAAGGGGAUGAGAAGAACGUUAAUACUAUUCAUUUUGAAUCAAAAGAAACCCAGGGAAAAGAUAUUGGAGAUUUUCCUAGAAAAGUUGAAAGUGGUGAGUUUAGUGGUAAAAAUGAAAAGAAGAAAAAGAAGAAGAGGAAGAGGGAUGAGGUGGAGGCAGAAUAUGAGGCGAGGCGAUAUGGAGUGAUGGAUGAGAUGAAGGAAAAUAAGGGGGAAAGUGGUGUGUUGGGCGAGAAGAGGAAGAAAAUGGAGAAUCCGGAGGAUACUAUGGUACCAAAGGAAGGUUUUGAUGAUGAAAGUAAGCUAUUAAGGACUGUAUUUGUUGGGAAUUUGCCACUGAAGUUGAAGAAAAAGGAAAUUGUAAAGGAGUUUGCUAAGUUUGGUGAAGUUGAGUCUGUAAGGAUUCGUUCAGUUCCUAUUAUUGAUGGCAAAAUGCCGAGGAAAGGUGCUGUAAUCAAGAAGCGGAUCAAUGAAAAUGGAGACAGCGUUCAUGCUUAUGUUGUUUUCAAAACAGAGGAGUCUGCUCAAGCAUCAUUGACCCAUAAUAUGGCUUUGGUUGGUCGAAAUCAUAUCCGUGUUGACAGGGCAUGCCCACCACGCAAGAAAUUGAAGGGGGAUAAUUCUCCCUUGUAUGACAAUAAGAGGACUGUUUUUGUGGGAAACCUUCCAUUUGAUGUCAAGGACGAAGAGCUUUAUAAGCUCUUUACUGGUAUAAAAAAUCUUGAGACUAGUAUUGAAGCUGUUCGGGUUAUCAGAGAUCCUGGAUCGAGCUUGGGAAAGGGCAUUGCAUAUGUCUUGUUCAAAACCAAGGAUGCUGCGAAUUUUGUGGUUAAGAAACCCAACUUGAAGCUUCGGGAUCGUGAGCUUAGGCUAAGUCAUGCCAAACCAAAUGACACUUCUUCAAAGAGGAAGAACUCUUUACAACCAGACACUAAUAGCUUAUCCGCUAAGAAAUCUGCUGUUGGUUCCAGAACUCCGGAUGAUGCUAAUAAGGUGAAAGCCAAGGCAAACUUGUCAUACCAGGGCUUGCGAGCUAGCAAGUCUGGUACCCAGAAGAAGGUUCAUACAAGGAUUACGUUGCCUGCAAAAUCAAAAUCUCAACCUGCCAUGGAGCAGAAGUCUGGGCACAAGAAAAGGCCAGCAGUAGCUGCUAGAAAGGAAAAAGCCCUUCAGGCUGCUAAUGCUUCAAAACUAGCUGGAACAAAGCGAAAGCUUGGUAAUCGAACCCCUGAUAAUGCUGGACAAAAGAAGAAAGCAAGAAAAUCCAGGUAGGAUCUGGAUGGUAUAAGGUGUUCUGCUUGGGCCAUAGUUGAGGAGAAAAUGGUUUAAUUCCACAUGAAGUUGGAGCUGCAUUUCAUUUGCCUACUCAUCCUCCAUAUCUCACGCAGUGUAAGGAACUGUGAAUUUGGAUUUAGUUAAGGAUUUAAACUGAAUGGAUUCCUAAAUUCCUUUGAUUUCCAAUUCACAUUUUCAAAUCUCUUGUUUGGUGAUAUAACAUUGUGUUUGGUUUGAUGCAUUUGAAUAUAGGAAUUUCAAAUCUUUAA